AUGGGCAAGGGUGGCAAGAAAGGCAAGGGAUCGUCUGCAAAGGGCAGCGGAGGCUCCAAGGGUGCUGGAGACGAGUCUUUGAGUCCAGCGCUGCUCAACAGCUACAUCAAAAAUUCCUGGACAGUUGAAAGUUUGUUCCAAAACUGCACAAGAUACCAGACCAAGUUUAAUCAUAUUCACGUUUCUGCUUGCUGGAACAAGCUCGGGCACUUGGCGAAGGAAUCAGAGGAAUGGUAUCUUCUUCCCAGCAACGUAGAGGCCCUGGAGUCACUCGCGCAGCACACACUUGAAAUUUCCAAGGGCGCCGAUAUUCAGGCACGGCAGCUGGCAAACAUAGCGCACGGCAUCGCCAAGAGUGGGGCUUGCAAGAGUGGCUCUGCGACCCUGACUACUUUAAUGACCUCAUUGGCAGGAGUACUGCACAAGCAUCUCAGCGAUUGUAAUUCCCAGGAGCUGGCUAAUGUUGCGUGGGCAUUUGCGAAAUCAGGCCAGGUAAGUCCUGAUCUGUUCUCUGCACUUGCGUCGACUGCCAAGCAAAAAUGGUACCUUGACAACUUCAACGCGCAGGAAGUUGCUAACAUCACGUGGGCUUUUGCAACGGCGGCCCACACUGAUACAAAGCUGUUCGAGGCAUUGGGAGGGGCCGUCGAACAGCGUUUAGACAGCUUCAGUACCCAGGGACUGGCCAACACAGCCUGGGCCUUUGCCAAAGCUGGUGUCCUGGAUUCCCGGGUCUUGCGGUCCAUGGGCGCCAUGGCCCGGCAGUGGAUAGAGCACUUCAAUGAGAUGGACCUGGCCAACAUGGCUUGGGCCUUUGCAAGACUGGGCCAGUUUGACUCAGACCUCUUCUCAGCCUUGGCCAAAUCGGCUGAGUGGCAUCUGGAGAAAAAGAGCUUCAACGCACAGGGUCUUGCGAGCACCGUGUGGGCAUUUGCAAAAGCUGGCUAUCGUGAAGCUGGGCUUUUCGAGGCUUUCACCCAAGCCAUAUGUGAGCGCUUGGGUAGGAAGCAAGGUUCAGACUUCAACUCGCAGGACCUGGCGAACAUCGCCUGGGCUUGCGCAAAGGCCUGUCAUCUGGAUGAUGCGCUCUUCAAUGCAUUGUCCGAAGCGGCAACAAGAUGUCUGGACGAUUUCAACGCGCAGGACCUCUGCAACAUAGCAUGGGCUUUUGCAAAGGCAGGGCACUUCAACGAGUCGCUGUUUAAGUCGGUGGCCAGGUCGUUCUGCAACGGCCGGCGGAACCUCGACGACCUCAGCGCCCCACACAUGGCCAAUAUCGCCUGGGCUUUCGCCAAAGCGGACGUGCCGCUGGACGUGGGCUUGUUCAGUGCUUUGGCCCGUUCUGCUGAGCAGCGAGUGGGGGACUUUACGACACAGGAAACGGCGAUUCUGGCAUGGGUCUUCGCCAGCGCCAACCAGCUGGAUGAAGGUCUGUUUGCAUCCUUGGGGAACUCUGUCAUUGCUGCCUUGGGCGACUUUGAUGAGGAAGAGCUUGAUAACAUGGAGUGGGCCUUCGGGCGCGCGGGCUGUAAGAAAGUCGUGAAGGCUCUCCAGCAGAGGAAGAAAGCCAGUGGCCUCGGCGGUAUGACGUCUGUUAGUAACGCGCUGGAUGUUCCCAAGUGUGGCCAGAUUGUGGUUGCCGGCGGUGGCAUCGGCGGCGCCGCCGUUGCCGUAGCGCUGCAAAGCAAGGGCUUCGACGUGCUGGUCCUGGAGUCUGAUCCCAGCUUCGAUGCCCGAAAGCAGGGCUAUGGCUUAACCAUCCAAGGUUACGGCUCGACCACACAAGCCUUGGGCAUUGACCUGGCCAGGGAUGACGCCCCAUCCACGUCUCACUACACGUUUUCAGAUUCUGGCGAAAUCCUGGGCUUCUUUGGAGAGGCCUUCGGCAGCACAAGCAAAGAUCGAAAAGAGAGCCAAACUGCCUCCACUGGUCGUUUCAUCCACAUCCCACGUCAGAUGUUGCGCCGAAGGAUCGUGGACAAGCUGCGCCCCGGAACGAUCCGCUGGAACUGCAAGCUGAAGAGUUUCAAGUGCCUGGAAAAGAAUGGGGCCACUCAGAAGCAUGGAGUUAAGAUCACGCUGACUGAUGGCACGGCCCUACAGGCGGCUCUGUUGGUUGGUUCGGAUGGAAUAUUUUCAACUGUUCGUCGGCAGCUGUCGCUGCCUGGUGACCGACUGAACUACGUGGGCUUGGUGGUUGUGCUGGGUAUUUUGAGCGAGGAUGAGAUGUCUGUUACUCUGGCUCACCGUCGAAUCUUCGAGACUGUUGACGGGUGCACGAGAAUCUAUGCGAUGCCCUUCACCACAAGCUCAACAAUGUGGCAGCUGUCGUUCCCCAUGGGCGAAGAUGCUGCCAAGAAGCUGUGCAAGGAUCAAGCCGCGUUGAAAGAAGAAAUUGUGCGACGAUGUGAGGCCUGGCACAGCCCAGUGCCCGAGAUGUUGCGCAAGACUCCCUUGGACUCCUUCUCGGGUUAUCCUGUCUAUGACCGCGACCUGUUGGAGCCCCAGAUUCUUCGGCCUGUCCCAGAGGCUGCAAGGCGAGUGACUUUGAUCGGUGACGCGGCCCACCCAAUGACGCCAUUCAAGGCUCAGGGGGCCAACCAGGCCCUCAGCGACGCUGUCCUCUUGGCCGAUGUUCUUGUUGAGAGCCUCCACAAGCAUGGGCUCGCAAACGGGCUCGAGGAAGCCCUGCCUCUCUUCGAGAAGAAGAUGUUGGCCCGCUCAGCAAGGGUAGUGGUAGGUUCCCGGGAGAAGGCGAGAGAAAUGCACAGCCGGCUGGCGCUUCAGCCCGCGCGGAAGGUGCAGCGUGAGACGGGUCUGGACCCACAGAAGGCCAUCCGCAUUCUGCGUGAGAACGGCAUUGGAGCCGAGAGUGCGGCAGAUCCCCGUGGUCUAGAUGCAGUCGUUGCAGAGGCCAUUGGGCAAUCUGGUUCCUUCGAACUGAAGCUUCCCGUUGCGCAAAGCACUGCACCCAGCCGGCCCAGAAAGCGCACAAGGGAGCGCACCAUGGAGGAGAAGCCGGCAAAAAAGGCGAAGAAGCAAGCAGUCCCGGCGGAGUCCACGGCAACCGUGCGACAGCCGCUCUGGGGCUACUUCGAGGAUGCCUGGCAUAAGUGCUAUCUUCUGGAGAAGAAGAAGACUGGUCGACAGAAGGUCCAGUGGUGCAAAGAUGGCACGCAGAGUAUCCUGGAGGCAGACUGCGUCCAACCGCGUGUGAAGAAG